AUGGCUAGUGACUUUGCCAUUGCACAGUUCCGUUUUCUGGAGAGACUUGUUGUUGUCCACGGACAUUGGUGCUAUAAGAGAAUUGCUCAGAUGAUUUGCUAUUUCUUCUACAAGAAUAUAGCUUUUGGCCUGACAAUCUUCUACUUUGAGGCAUUUACUGGUUUUUCUGGGCAAUCGGUUUAUGAUGAUUGGUACAUGUUGCUGUUCAAUGUUCUUCUUACCUCACUUCCUGUCAUUUCACUUGGUGUUUUUGAGCAAGACGUUUCUUCUGAGAUUUGCCUACAGUUUCCAGCAUUGUAUCAGCAAGGACCCAGAAACUUGUUCUUUGACUGGUAUAGGAUUUUUGGGUGGAUGGGAAACGGUCUUUAUUCCUCUCUCAUUAUUUUUUUCUUUAGCAUUAUCAUCUUUUAUGACCAAGCCUUCCGUGUCGGAGGCCAGACUGCUGACAUGACUGCUGUGGGCACCGCUAUGUUCACUUGCAUCAUCUGGGCUGUCAACGGCCAAAUUGCUCUCACAAUGAGUCAUUUCACAUUCAUACAACACUUCUUUGUCUGGGGCAGCAUUGCUUCUUGGUAUCUAUUUCUUUUCCUUUAUGGCAUGCUGUCACCAAAAUAUUCUGGUAACGCCUUUCAAAUCCUCGUAGAAGCUCUAGCUCCUGCCCCAAUUUACUGGUCAACCACCCUCUUAAUAACAGUGGUCUGUAAUCUCCCUUACCUUGCUCACAUAUCUUUCCAAAGAUCUUUCAACCCAAUGGAUCAUCAUGUUAUUCAAGAAAUCAAAUACUACAAAAAAGACAUUAAGGAUCGACAUAUGUGGAGAAGAGAGCGGUCCAAAGCAAGACAGGAGACCAAGAUUGGGUUUACAGCAAGAGUAGAUGCAAAGAUUAGGCAGUUGAGAGCAAGGCUGCAGAAGAAGCAUUCACAGAUGAGUCCACAUAGUGUAAUGCCCCAAAUAUAAUUAUAACCCAUAUUGUUUUUUUAAUUAUUUGGUUCUUCUGUAACAUAGGGUUUUUGGCCAUUUGCAAUUUCAUUCUGUGGUGUUUUUAUAAUCCAUCUUGUAAUUUUUGUCUAGUAUAGUGGGGUUCUUUGAAGUCGAUGGUUACACCAGAGCACUGAGGCUGUUGAAUGUACAAUAUUUAUAGGAUUUUGGUACAGCUUGUGGAAAUUGUUGAUAUCUAUUUGCUUUCCUCGAUUGCAUUUCCCAUAUCAAUGGACAUGAUCAUGGUUUGAGA